UUAACACUUAAUGUAGGAGUGUUCACAAAAAAGAAUGUUCCCGGAAAUUGGGAGCAGAAGAUUCGGCCAGAAUGGACCAGAAACACUAUAUCAGAGCUCUCGUUUUCUCCGGUCGUACAGACUGCAAAAGUUUUUCCUACCCAAGAUUACCCAUGCGUUGUUUGUCGCAUUCAUUGUGGUCGUUGUAUACAGACAGUCUGAUUCCCUGAAGGAAGAAAAACUUCUGUUCUGGACAUUCAUGGCUCUCCAUGCAAUUACUAUGAUGUUCUUCUUCGUGGCUUCAUGCAUGGACCCUGGCUACGUCACGAGAGAGUCUGUCAAACUCAUCAUGGAUUCGCUCAAUUCAACUCCGGGUACUACUAGCGACCACAACGGAUCCAUCUCAGAGUUUGCAGUCGACAAAGAGUACAAGGACUCUUUCUCGUCAGAAGACAGCGAAGAUGAAGUGUUUGUGGAUCCUCAUGGCUCGGAAAGCAGGUCGGCGAGUAUUCCUCUGAUGUCAUCCGGCAGAGGUUCGUCUCCCACCAAGAGGUCUAUGAAUUCAGACUAUGCUGCUCCGAAGUUGAGCUACAAGGACAAACCAGUCACUUUCCGAAAGUGCAACUAUUGCGAGAUUGUACAGCCUCUCAGAGCAAAACACUGCGAGGAGUGUGGUAGGUGUGUGAGGAAGUAUGACCACCACUGUCCGUGGCUGGGUUCUUGUGUUGGGGAGACAAACCACAAGUUCUUCUUUCUCCUUCUAUCCUUCGGACUACUCACUUGUGCACUCACCAUACACAUCACAUAUCACGCAUUCCAAACUCCACAAUCAUACACUCUGUCAGAUUACCUGAAGCUGAACCUACUCCUAAUUGUGGCAUUUGUGUUGGAGUGUCUGUUCCUGAUGGUAGAUGGAGUGCUCUUCUGUGCACAUGCAUAUCUCAUGUUCUCCAACCAGACCACCUGGGAGUUCAUGGCCAGACACAAAAUCACAUACUUGAGAGAACUGCCAGAGGACGAGAACCCAUUCGACAGGGGUCUGGCGAAGAACUGCUGGCAGUUUCUAUGCAACUGCAGAUCCAGGCACUGGGAGCUCUACUUCACAAACCUCUCCCGCCAGGCCACUCAGUCUUGCGUGUCCCAGGUGAUGAUACACACGGCCAAUGCAGCUGCCACAGCUGUUUCAUCUUCAGCAUACGGGGGAGGCAGUUCAUGUUACCCACAAGUGACGCAGUCAUCAAGUGGCGGAAUGAAGAAACAGUACUCACAGUUGAGAAUAGAAGACUCAGAUGAUGAUCAAUAUACAGUGGAAGAGCACGAGGGGAAAGAGUGGCAUCCAAUUCAGUGCAAUGAUGUGCAGCGUAAUGACUUCGAUGACGAUGACUCAAUAUUCGUCAGUGGAAAAACGCCGCCUCAAUCUGUAUCAUUACAUGCUGCACAAAUUAUUGAAAUCGAUGAUCGAGUAACUAGUGCUGCAGGAGAAAAGCAGUGGGAGGAAAUCGAAGAAGGGAAGGGACGAGAGGAGUUGAAGAAUUUGGACGAUGACACCAGGAGAGUAGACGAUAGUGGGAAUGGGGAGUCGUCUUGUUCUUCGAAUCCAAAUCUCAAUGUCAGCAAUGUCUGAGAAGGCAUAACCACUACAGGGUCUAUGGACUUCUUCGCCAUAAGCAGCAUCAGACGGAAAUGAUUAUUUGUUCAUCAAUAAAAUCAUCAGAUCAAUUGAUUAAUGAAUCAGAAUUUUGAAAAGCCAGAUAAAACAUACCAUAGAAAAAACAAAGUUAUUGUCAUUGUCUGGAAGGCUUUUUUAUGCUUGUUAAUCCAAACAGAAGGGUGGCUAUUUCUCCUUGGCAAUGUUAGUUGUCAUCAUCAGAGACACUAGAUUUCUUGUCGUCACUUUUUGAGCUGUAGUCUACAUUUUUGACAGAUUACUGAAUUUGGGCGUGGCAUCAUCAUCAUCAUUGGUUUUCCACACUCUUCUUGGAUUCGAAGGUGUUAACGAUAAUAUUUGUUUCCAGUCUGAUUUUGUGGCAUGCUUGUGGUCGGCUCAAUGUCCUUUGCAGAUCAAUGUUUUUCGGAAAUUGGACCUGGAUCUUAUUUCAAUAGUUAUUCACUACUUGGAUUGAACAAAUUUUGGUUUAAAAAACUGCUUUGAAGAAUAGAUGCUGCUAAUCUGAUUUAAAAUGCUAAGCUACAAACAAGGUUUAAUAGAACUGUGAGUCACUUACAGCUUCAGACAUGUGUUUUCUAUGUACUUGUGAGUACGAAAGAGCAAAAGAUAGAAUAUGUAAGAUGCAAAAGAUUGAAAGAUGUAAAAUUUUUCUCAUUUGUAAUCUUCUGAGUGUUGAAUUGUUUCUCGACGUUUUUGAAGUGAGAUUUUUGGUGAAAAUCUUGCGACUGGUUUUGCUUAUAUCGUGGUGUUCCAAAUGAUUUCUCUAGAUGUGACAUUGCAUAGACGUCUAAUUAUCUUUGACAUUUAAGAGGCUCGAAGUUAGAAACGAGAUUGAAAGGCUCAACCAGUUAAUAAAAACCGUAUAAUAGAAGUAUAAUUUGUUUUUGGUGUAUUAGUUGUCACUCAGAACUUUCUGUGCUAAACAAAGAAGUAUAUCCUGUUUUUGCUGUUAUCCAAUGGUUUAUGCGUUCGUACUGAAUAAAUUAGUUGUUCUUCUGAAAGAAGCAAAAUUGUUUAGUAGUUAGUCAAUCAUAUCCCUGUGCAAAUUAAAGAACUUCUCCUAAUUCAAAUCUAUAAAAUAUUUCGAUAAAAUACAAUUUUCUCCUGAAGAAACGAUUAU